AAACGGGGCGGGGCACGCGAGCGCGGGGACUGGGGCGCGGAGGGCUCGCGGCGCGGGAUUGGAGGGUGCUGCCGGCGGGUCCGCCGCCGGCUCUUCAGGCGGAGCAGGGAGAGGCGCGCGCCUCUGCGCCGGAGCCCUCACCCAGUCUGCUCCGCCGCGCUCCGCUGCUCCGGGCGGGCACCCUUGGGCAUGAGCGCUUCCCCGACGCUGCCCCCGGGGGGCGAGGAAGAUCUCGAGAAGGCCUGGUCCCCAGCGGUCAACGCCAGCUGCGCCCCGGCCGGGGAGGAGGAGGCGGCGGCGGGGACCGGGGACGCGGGGGCAGCAGGCAUGGUCGCCAUCCAGUGCAUCUACGCGCUGGUGUGCCUGGUGGGCCUGGUGGGCAACGCUCUGGUCAUCUUUGUGAUCCUUCGCUACGCCAAGAUGAAGACGGCCACUAACAUCUACCUGCUUAACCUGGCCAUUGCGGAUGAGCUCUUCAUGCUGAGCGUGCCCUUCGUGGCCUCGUCGGCUGCCCUGCGCCACUGGCCCUUCGGGUCUGUGCUGUGCCGCGCCGUGCUAAGUGUGGAUGGCCUCAACAUGUUCACCAGCGUCUUCUGUCUGACGGUGCUCAGCGUGGACCGCUACAUCGCAGUGGUGCACCCUCUUCGUGCCGCCACCUACCGGAGGCCCAGCGUGGCCAAGCUAAUCAACUUGGGCGUGUGGCUGGCGUCCUUGCUGGUCACCCUGCCCAUUGCCAUCUUCGCAGACACCAGGACGGCUCGGGGUGGCCAGGCGGUGGCUUGCAACCUGCAUUGGCCGCACCCGGCUUGGUCAGCGGUCUUUGUGGUCUAUACUUUCCUGCUGGGCUUUCUGCUGCCCGUUCUGGCCAUAGGCCUGUGCUACUUGCUUAUCGUGGGCAAGAUGCGGGCGGUGGCACUCCGGGCCGGCUGGCAGCAGCGAAGACGCUCGGAAAAGAAGAUCACGCGGCUUGUGCUGAUGGUGGUAGCCGUCUUUGUGCUCUGCUGGAUGCCUUUCUACGUGGUGCAGCUGCUGAACCUGUUUGUGACCAGCCUUGAUGCCACGGUCAACCACGUGUCCCUCAUCCUCAGCUACGCCAACAGCUGUGCCAACCCCAUCCUCUAUGGCUUCCUCUCUGACAACUUCCGCCGUUCUUUCCAGCGGGUUCUCUGCCUGCGCUGCUGCCUCCUGGAUGCCACUGGUGGUGCUGAGGAAGAACCCCUGGACUAUUAUGCCACUGCUCUCAAGAGCAGAGGUGGGGCAGGAUGGAUAUGCCCUCCUCUCCCCUGCCAGCAGGAGCCCUUGCAGCCGGAACCCAGGCGCAAACAGGUCCCCCUCACUGGGACCACCACCUUCUGAAGAACACUUUCACCUCCUCCCCCGCCUGGCCACCUCAAAGGAGUUCGUGCGGUCCUUACAACCCAGGAGACUGCCUGUCCCUGAUGCUCACCUAAGAGCUGCCACCUGUUCCCACCACAGGCACCUUUUUCCAGAAGUCUCCAUGCUAGCCCCAAGAGCAUCAAAGCUCCUUUGCUUUCUCCCAUCCCCAGGACUCUGGGUUUCAGGAGGACACCUCCAUGGGGGUAGGACUCUUCUGAGUGCUGAUCUAUGAUGUUAAUUAUCCUUGGAUCUCUGACUAUUUUCCCAGGGGUGGGAGGCUGGGGCAUGCCAGGGAGGAAUAGCCAUCUGCCUGUGACGUGUGACAGAAUCUCUAUCUCUGCCCAGGAGAGGACUGUCCAGGGGGUGGAGGCAGCCAGUGCCCUUAUCUCUGCAGAUUCUUUGGCUGUGGUGGGGACAUCACAUGUUUGAUACAAAAAGGGAAGAAGGAAGAUGCCUCCAAGCACAUUCCCUUUGCUUCCGUUCCUGGGCUCUUCUCUAACUGAAAUUUAUGCACAAGGGUCUGGGCAACAGUUUGUCAACCCCAUCCCCCCAGUGCCUGCUUGCAGUCAGAAGUGUCCCUCCGGUUGUCUGGGUCUAACAGCAGUCUUCCUGUGAGUAGAAAAGGUUUGGAGAAUCGUAAUGUGGGAUUCGUUAUGUCACAAACUUUAUUAGGUCAGUAAUAAAAAAGCAAGAAA